AUGUCUGAGAUAUUGGUCGGAGCUUAUCUUUUCGAGAGACUUAAGCAGCUCGGUGUGAAAUCCGUCUUCGGCGUGCCUGGAGAUUAUGAACUCAUGUUACUUGACCUCGUCCCUGAGGCAGGUUUAACUUGGCGUGGAAACCCCAAUGAGUUGAAUGCGGGUUAUGCUGCAGAUGGCUAUGCUCGAGUCAAUGGUGUUGGAGCAGUCGUCACCACUUUCGGUCCCGGCGAGCUUUCGAACAUGUGCGGUAUCGCCGGUGCUUACACUGAAUUUGUUCCCAUCGUUCACAUUGUCGGAUACCCAACAGAGGCAGCACAGCAUGGUAAGAAUAUCAUGCAUCACUCGCUGGGAGAAGUCGGAGAUGGAAAGUUUGAUGUCUUCCAUGAGAUGUCUAAACACAUCACUUGCGCAACAACGGUGCUUCAUGACCCAAAGACUGCUGCUUCCGACAUUGACAGAGUGCUGAAUGCAAUGCUUAACUACUCCCAACCAGUCUAUAUUGGCAUCCCAACCGACGUCGCAUUUCUGAAGACUCCAGCUUUCAAUCUGCAGGUCCCUCUCGAGACUGCUCUCCCUCCCAACAAUCCAACUUUUCAAUCACAUGUUGUCGAGAAAAUCAGGGCCCUCAUGGAUGUCGCAUCCAGUCCAAUCAUCAUUGUUGAUGGAGGAGCCGUUCGCAGUCGUGUUUUGGCAGAAGCUAAGGCACUCAUCCAGACCACUGGCUACCCCUACUUCGUGACAUCGAUGGGGAAAGGUUCCGUGCCUGAGAACCUGCCAACGUUUGGGGGUAUAUACGGUGGGAUGGCGUCAUUCCCAGAGACCAGGAAAGCAAUUGAAAGUUCUGAUUGCGUUUUGUGGCUUGGCAAUUACCCUAGUGAUUUCAACACCGGCGAGUUCACUGAAAGCGUAAAGGACGAGGUGACAAUCGAUUUUCAGAGAUUCUAUAUCAAGAUUGGAGGCAUCCGCUACGAUGUGAAAAUGAAAUAUAUCCUCGAAGCACUUUUGGCGAAUCUUCGUCAGAGCCCUUUGAACUACAAGAUGAAAGCGGUCACAUGGGAUCCAUACCCCCUCGACAACCCAUCACGCGAAGCUCAUUUGACUCAAGACUAUCUCUGGGCCGCACUCGGUCGCUACUUCCGCGACGGUGACUUCGUCAUUGCCGAAACUGGCACCUCUGCAUACGGCAUUCCAGGCUCAAGUCUGAAGCACGUCAAUGACGUGCAAAUGUUCAACCAGACUGUAUUUGGCAGCAUUGGUUUUGCAACUGGCGCUGCUGUUGGUGCAUUUGUCGCUGGUAAAGAGUUGGGAUCUAUCAAGCGAAGUAUUCUUGUGACGGGUGAGGGGUCGCUGCAGCUCACGGUGCAGGCAUUUUCGGAUUUGAUCCGUCAUGAGGUUAAUGCCACUGUCUUCGUCUUGAACAACGACGGCUACACAGUCGAGCGACUCAUCCAUGGGAUGGAGGCUUCUUAUAACACAGUGCCUACCUGGGAUUAUGGGGGUUUGUUCCAAGCUUUUGGACCUCACUUCAAGACCAAAUCCCAUCUUGUGAAAACUCCUGAUGAUUUGGAUGCUCUUCUCGCUGAUGCUGAGUUCAAUUCGGCUGGCUGUGCUCAGAUUGUGGAACUCAUCCUUGAUAAACAUGAUGCACCAGUAAGUGUCAAGACUGCAACUGCUGCUGUUGAAGCGUUCAAUAAGAAGAAGUGA